GUGGGUGAUGUCAUGUCAACCUUGUGCAACUGAUGAGCAAAGAAAAUGAUCAGACGCCAUACUUUGUGUUUUCUGAUCUCAGUGUUGGCCUCGGCCUUGUGUGACAAACUAUUGGUCAUUCUUUUGGACGGUUUUCGAUGGGAUUACACUGAGAAGUAUGAUCUCGAGAACUUCAAAAAGUUGUACACUGACGGUGCUAGGGCCGGUUAUCUCAUCAAUGUCUUUCCAACGUUCUCGUUUCCAAACUACUACUCGCUCAUGACAGGUUUGUUCUCAGAGACUCAUGGCAUAACAGGCAAUGUGAUGUAUGACGCAGACAGAAAUGAGUCAUUUAUAUUGGGCUACAAUACCCAAUCUUCAAAUCCUCAUUGGUGGGAAGCCGGGGAGCCGGUGUGGAUCACUUCCGUUAGACAGAACAAAAGCAGCUAUAUGUUCUACUGGCCUGGGUGUCACGUCCAAAUUCAUGGUAUGAGGCCGACAUAUUGUUUACCCAGUCAGUACCGUUUACCUUUAGAAAACUUCAGACUCGCACUUCAUCAGAGCUUGGAGUUACUGGACAACGGAACCACGGAGUUGGCAGCUGUGUACUGCGAACAGCCUGACCUGUAUGGACACGACUUUGGCACCGAAUCACGAGAAAUUGAAGAAGUGUUGAAAGAAUUAGACCAAGUCAUUGGACGAGUGAUGGAACGAGUACUGCACUCAGGAACUGUGAAUUUAAUUAUCUUUAGUGAUCACGGAAUGACCAAUAUGGACAGGUCAAAAGUGAUAAACAUAACAGAUGUGUUAACCUCAGAGCCUAACCUAUAUAUCUAUGUCUACGAGUCGGGUGCAGUAGCCAGUAUCUAUGUUCCUAACGAAGUGGCUGCAGACAAGGUGUUUGAUUUGUUAGAAAACUUCCACCCACGUAUGAAAGUGUACAGAAGGCUUGACCUCCCUGAGAGGUUACACUACAAGUAUGGUAGAUAUGUGGCGGAGAUCACGUGUGUCGCUGAGCUCGGCUGGGUUAUAUUACAGCCAAUGGAUAACUUAUUCCCAAACGAGACAGGAACACAUGGUUAUGAUUUCAGAGAAAAGGAUAUGAGAGGAAUAUUCUACGCCAUGGGUCCACACUUCAAGCCCGGUGCUAGUGUGAGCUACUUAAAAGCUGUGGACAUGUACAACUUGAUGUGUUUGAUACUGGACCUCGUACCAUCAGCUAAUAAUGGUUCACUGUAUAGAGUGAAGCCCUUAUUGAACAGGAUCUCAUAUAAAUAAAUAGCACAUUUAUAGCUUAAUGAAAGGAUGUUGCUUGGAAAUAAAGAUAAUAUUGUACAUGAUAA